AUGGACUUGUGUCAAGGAGAUGGACAAAAUUUGGUUACAGAAGAUGUGACAGUAGUGGAGGGAGAGGUUGCCACCAUCAGCUGUCGAGUGAAGAACAGUGAUGACUCAGUGAUUCAGCUCCUGAAUCCCAACAGACAAACGAUUUAUUUCAGAGAUUUCAGACCGCUGAAGGACAGCAGGUUUCAGUUAGUGAAUUUCUCCAACAGUGAACUCAGAGUGUCAUUGACAAAUGUCUCCAUUUCUGAUGAAGGAAGAUACUUCUGCCAGCUCUACACUGAUCCCCCCCAGGAAAUUUAUACCACUAUUACAGUGCUUGUCCCACCACGCAAUUUGGUAAUUGAUAUCCAGAAAGAAAUUGCCGUUGAAGGAGAAGAGAUUGAGCUGAACUGCACUGCCAUGGCCAGCAGACCAGCCACCACAAUCAGAUGGUUCAAAGGAAACAAGGAGCUAACUGGCAAAUCCGAAGUGGAACAGUGGUCCGAUAUGUACACAGUGACCAGUCAGCUUUUUCUGAAAGUGGGACGAGAGGAUGAUGGGGUCCCUGUCAUCUGUUUGGUGGAUCACCCUGCUGUCAAAGACUUACAGACACAGCGUUACCUAGAAGUCAUGUAUAAGCCUCAAGUGCGGGUUUCUCAGAAUUAUCCAGUGCAAGGUCUAACAAGAGAAGGGGAGCCACUUGAACUGACAUGUGCAGCUUUUGGAAAACCACAGCCUACGGACAUGAGGUGGUUAAGAGUAGAUGAUGAGAUGCCUCAACACGUUGUAGUGUCUGGUUCAAACCUUCUCAUUAGUAACCUAAACAAAACAGAUAAUGGUACAUACCGCUGUGAGGCUUCAAACGCGGUGGGGAAAUCACAUGCGGAUUACAUGCUGUUUGUAUACGAUCCCCCCACAACUAUCCCUCCUCCCACAACAACCACCACCACUACCACCACCAUCCCUACCACCAUCACAGACACAACGGCGACGACAGAACCGGCAGUUCACGGCUUUACUCAGUUGCCAAAUUCCGCAGAGGAGCUGGACUAUGGGGAUCUCUCAGGUGCUCCUAUCCUGCUAUAUGGUUCAACGGAGGCUCUGCCAACUGUACAAUUAAGUAAUGCAUCUAUUGCCUUAUAUCCAGAUUCUCGUGCAGGUGAGGAAGGGUCAAUAAGGACCGUGGACCAUGCAGUGGUUGGUGGUGUUGUGGCCGUGGUCGUAUUUGCAAUGCUUUGCCUGCUCAUCAUUUUAGGGCGAUAUUUUGCAAGACAUAAAGGUACGUACUUCACUCAUGAAGCCAAAGGAGCAGAUGAUGCAGCUGACGCAGACACAGCUAUCAUCAAUGCAGAAGGAGGACAAAACAACUCUGAAGAAAAGAAAGAGUACUUCAUCUAGAGCAGCCUUGGUUUCAAUGAGGUGUCCAACCGUGGACAGUUACUGGCCCAAUUUAAACGAUAAAGAGACAGUGAUAUUGGAAGUUACAACCAGCUUGUGUCUUUUUUUAGAGAAAAACAAAAGGGUGGAGAGUUGUGAGACUGGGAGGGUCCGGGAUUUGCUGUGUAAAAAACAUUCUUCGUAAAGUACGCUCUGCUGUUCGACACCUCAAUUUGUUCGGGUUUCAUUUUUUUUGGCCAAGUCCAGCUUGGAUUUAGUUUAGUGAAGUCAUUUGCAGAAAAUUCUGUGCCUUGUUUUAUUUUUGUUUGUUUGAGGUUUUGGGGGGGGGGGAGAUGGGGAAGAAGAGGGGCUUGUAUGCAUUUUCCUUUUUGUUUUUAUCUUUUUUUUUUUUUUUUGUUUCCCCUUUUGUAUUCUGUUUCUGGAAUUGCCUGCUGGGACCCCUUGGAAUAAGUUGGUUUCUUUAAGAUUUUUGUUGAUCUUCACUGUUUUCUGUUCAAAACUCAAUUUCGUCAGAGGAGAACCAGCACAUUUUAGAUUUCAUAGUUUGCAAUUCAGCGUAUCCAUAUUCCAUCUUCUCUGUUGUCGUAAAGGCUUGGAUAAACAAACAACGAGAACCUGUUUGUGGCUGCCCAUGUUUCAAAUGCUUUAGAUGGUGGAGACUAGAAAAUAGGCUGCAACUCAGAAAACGCACUGUUUAGCUGCAGAGAAACAUUACUUCACAGGGUUGUCUGCAAGUGAGGCGUGUCACUAUGUGAUUGAAUCUGUCUUUAAUUCUGUGUCUGUAGACUGCUCUCGAUCUAGGGCAACUCGUGCUGUCUGGACAGGUUUGGGGCAUGCAGGAAUCCUCCUUACUGUAACCUAAGCAAACCUGACAGAUGAGGGCUCUUCCUUUUAUGCAGGUGGACAAAUUUGACUUGCCACAGGAAGGGGGACAAAGGGGGGGCGGGAAGGUAGUUCUGCUCUGAUUAUUUUUGUUGCCAACAGUUCUGUCCUGCUUUCCCAAUUGGCCUUACUUCUCCCUAAUUUGCUAGAGAAAGGAAAGUCCUCGUGGGGUGCAAAAAGCUGCAAAUGAGCAGCUUUUAUAUUUUUUUGCUUCUUUUGUGCUUUGCUGGGGAAGGCAGUAGGAUGUGGCCUGCAAGUACUGUACGUUAGAUAUCUGUCGUGCUGAGAGAACCAAUAAGAGGCGUUGUGAGACUUUCAUUCCUUCAGAUUUGAAUUUGACAACGGCAGGGGGGUGAAGUAGGUCUAAUAUUGUUUUCAUGCUGGCCUGCCCUGUAUCUCAGUUCUGCAAAGGUCAGAGCAGAGGUGGAAAAAACAGCAUGUAGGCUUUUUCAGUUACUUAAUCAAAACUCAAAUGUUGAGUGUUGCUUUUUUUAAUCUCUACUUUUCCUGCUCUAGCCUUGGCCUCUUUCCUCAGCCUUAAGAGCCAUCUGCCAACAAAUUACUGAUCCUUGCAUGAUGGCAGCCAUAGUACACAGUGACUAAAAAUAAGUUACCUUGAGCAUGUUUUAGAUCCAAAACCUUGCAAGAAACUGGACAAAUAAAACUGCCUUUUUUAUCUGAGAAAUUAAAUGUGGGAAUUUGCAUUAAAAUUACAAUGCUAACUGACUUAUAAAGCCAUAGGUGAAAGGAAUGUAGGUAUACUGGAAUUCUAAGUGCUAGAUAGCAGAUCACAGUGAGAAGAUGGUAUUAAAAUUAUAUUCUGAAUUUGUUUUUUUGUUGAGUAGUCUUGGAUUUUGAGAGAUACUUUUUUUUUUUUUUAACUGUGGCUAUGUGGAAAAUGUUUGCUGACUUAUUUAAGGGAAACAUAGUAAUCUGUGUCAGCAUUUUUUUUUUUUUUUAGGGUUUUAGGGGAGCAUUUUUGUGUGGUUUAAUUACUGGUUUUGGCAGAACCAUUACAAUGCAGGAGUCUUUUGGGAAUGGGAUGGCAUGAAAACAGAAAACAAAUCCGUUCCUGAGCAGUGUUCCGCCCUUCCCCUUUACACAAGAGGAAAAUUGCAAAGAACUUUUUUCUGAGCAAACUUUGUCAAGUGCAGCUCUUUUCUGACCUUCAGCACCAUUGCCAAAUCACAUCAUGGUGAAAAGCAUUCAGCAUGUUAAAAGAGUUUUGGGGGGUGGAGGGAGGGGGCUUUUUUACUCAUUGAUCACAGAAUUGGCAUACUGUUUUUGAACAGCCCAUCUUUCUGUUUUGAAAGUGUACAGUAGUGCAGUGUUACCGAUGUAACUUUGACUUAAAAUGUUGACAUGUCUCAGGUUCAUGUGUUUUGAUUGGUGUUUUCCGUCUCAGGUAGAUUGCAAAAUUUCGGCCCCGCACAUUGGAAAAAAACAGAAUAAAAAAACAGGAAAUUAUGGGUUUUAGUUGUAUAUUGGUUUAUGUAUUUUUUCUUCAGUAUACAGUGCACUGUUUGAAAUGUAUUGUUGAGUAUUACUUUGUACAGCUCUAGAUCAUUAGGAUUUUUAAGUGUGAAGAAAGAACAAACUUGUUUAAAGGAAUAUUACAAAUGAAGGAUGCGUAACUGAUGUUAAACAAUCUUGUUCUUUGUUCCCCCAGCCUUUUUUUUUUUUUCCUUCCCCUUAGGCCAGUUCUGUUUUAAGGUGUCCAUGGAGGAUGUUACAAUGUAAGAAAAUACAUAUUCAUAUGUUCCCAUUCACAUUUUGUAUUGGUUCAUGUAUACCAUUUUUACAAAGAAAAAGAAGUACUAUAAAGUAUCUGUCUUCUUAAUAAAAAAAAAAUUAAUGUUACAAAACUA